AUUUGAUUCCUCACUCGUCGUCUCUCCGCUCAUUUCUCCCUUGGUGCUUGAUUUAUGCAAAUUGGGGAGGUCAAAUCUACAAUUGGCGAGAUUCCAUUCUUAUACUCCUCUCAAAGUGUAUCAAUCCACACUUGGUGACUGAAGAUAUCUGCAAAAGAGAAAAAGCUCCAAAGAGAUGGUAAAAAGAUCCAAGCUUUGUCGACGACCAUCCGUUCCGGUCUGCAGUAUCAGCGACCUGUCUGAUGAAGAUACUGUCGUUUCUUCCGACAAAAGUUGCCGUCUCCACUAGCAUCUUGUCUAAGCAAUGGCGGUUUCUUUGGAUGUGGUUGCCUAACCUUGAGUACACUAGUACUAGUCCCAUACGCACUUAUUAUUCAAAUUCUCCUGCGCUUGUCGAAUUCAUCGACAAGAAUCUACCGUUGCAUAGAGCUCCAGUCAUAGAACGCUUGUCCCUCGACUUAACUUAUAGUAGACACACUCAGCCCGAACACAUCAAACGGUGGCUGGAAGUCGCAGUUUCUCGCCACGUACGUGACCUAGACAUUCACUAUUAUUCCGAGGAUGAGAACGUCCUUCCGAGCAGCUUUUACACCUGCAGCUCGCUUGUUAUCCUGAAACUCAGCGGCGUAACUCUCGUAGAUGUUCCCUCUACGGCGGCUUGUCUUCCCUCUCUGAAAACUUUGCGUCUUCAGGAUCUCACGUACCAACAUGAUGACUCUCUUCAAGGGCUUCUUGAUAUAUGUCCUGCUCUUGAAGACUUGUCGGUGGAUUUUGUUAGGGAACACAGCAUGGGAGAGAUCACUUUUAUCGUCCCAACUUUACAGAGGUUAUCGCUCUUUAUGGCAGAUGAAUGGGAUUUGUGUGGGUAUGUGAUAGAUACUCCUUGUUUGAAGUAUCUCAAACUUGAGGACUGGAACUAUUGGAGUCACGACAUUGAGAUUAAAGAUAUGCCUGAGCUGAAAGACGCAUAUGUGGAUGUUGUGUCCCCUGUUCUCAAGAGUGUCAUUGGUUCCAUCACAUCUGUCAAGCAUCUUACUAUAUGCUCUGAGAUCUCAAAAAGUGGUGGGGAGUAUAGUGGUGGUUUUGUUUUCAAUCAGCUAAAGCAUCUGAAGCAAUGCGUGUGCAAGGAGAAUUCGUCAGAUCUUCUUGGCCAGUUGCUCAAAGAUUCUCCUAACUUACGACUACUAGACAUCUCUCACAUGGAAGAUCACGGGUAUGAUGAGGGUAAUGAGAUGGUUUGCUGGAACCAACCGAGUCGUGUACCUGAAUGUCUAUUGUCGAGUCUACAAAUUUUGAGAUGGUCAAGAUACUUUGGGAGACCCCAAGAAAGAGAUAUUGCGGUUUACAUCUUAAAACGCGCUCCCCGCUUAAAGAAGGCAAGGAUUAUUGCUGAUACACAAGAACAUGAUGUUCCAAACCUUGAGAUGAUCACGGAGUUGGCAUUAUCUUCCCGAGCUUCAAGCAGAUGCGAACUUGUAUUUGUUAAAGGGCCUCCUGUUUGGAAAGAUAAGGAAGAUUGUAUGUGCUAACUACUUGAAGCUACGGAGUACGGACAAUAAAUGUGUUUAGUGAACCUCCAGAAAUCUAUGACACUGCUAUGUGGUUGGUUUGCUUGUAUGGUUCGUUUUCUAUUUGACAAAAUUCUAGCCUUUUUUCUA